AUGUCGAUGCAUCAACCUAGUGCAAGAAUACUAGAUUUGCUUGACGGUCUUAUCAUCUUAUCUCGUGUUAAGAGUGUGUUCAAUGGACCUCCGGCUAGUCUUCCGUCUUUCUUCUCCGACUUUGGUCAUCCCAUCCCGGAGAGAGAGAACAUCACCGAGUUCGCUCUUGACCUAGUUCGAGAGCUUGAAAGAGAGUCCACCGAAGGAACUAGAGAGCUAGUAGAUUUCAACGAAGGAUGGCAGAAAAAGAAAUUCGCUCGAGACACGACACAAACUGCAUCUCAACAAGCCUUGUCCUUAAAAGAAGCCAUCGAUGCAAGUGUCUCUAGAGGCAAACUAGUCUCAGGCUCGUCCGGUUCUAUGGAAACAAUAUCUUCAUACGCAAACCCGUCACUGUUUGAAACAUUCAUCUUAGCCAAACGUUACAUGAAAAACUGGAUUCGAAUGCCUGAGCUUGUCGGAACAAGGAUAGCUACCGUCAUGGUCACCGGUUUUCUAUUAGCCACGGUCUAUUGGAAGCUAGACAAUACUCCAAGAGGUGCAAACGAGAGAUUGACCUUCUUUGCAUUCGUUAUGCCCACAAUGUUCUAUUGCUGUCUAGACAAUGUCCCUGUUUUUAUCCAAGAACGGUUCAUUUUCUUAAGAGAGACAACACACAACUCAUACAGAACAUCUUCAUACGUCAUAUCUCAUUCUCUCGUGACCAUGCAUCAGUUAAUAGCCCCGUCCAUAGUGUUUGCCUCCAUUACAUUCUGGACCGUUGGUUUGAACGGUGGGUUACAAGGUUUCCUCUUCUAUGUCCUCAUAAUCUAUGCUUCGUUUUGA